GAAGCGGGUGACUCGGCCGGCGGUCCGCAAUUCUUCCCGGCUGGAUCCCCUCCCCGCGGGAUUGGCUGUCCUGCACCGCUCACGCGCUCGGCUGCGGUGGCUGCUUUGACGGGGAAGGAGGAGUUUGGGGAGAAGAUGAAGGCAGCGGGCAGCAGCUGAGGCGAGGCAGGGCGAGGCGAAGGCGAGGGGCGACGGAUAGAGCAGCUCGCGGCCGGGGUUUCUUCUCCAGCAAAGGGAAUGGCUUACGCCGGGGCGGCGGGGGACGAGGAGCCUUCGCCCGGCACCUCCAGCCGCAGAGAGGACGAAGGCUACGGCGGAGGCCAGGCGGCUGCGAUGCUGCGGGAAGCCCUCUCGCUGGAAGAGAUCCUCAAGCUCUACAACCAGCCCAUCAACGAGGAGCAGGCGUGGGCCGUUUGCUACCAGUGCUGCCGUUCCCUCCGCUCCGGGGGUCGCCGCGGAGAGAGCCUGAGCUGCCGAGUGGAGAGCCCUGGCGACAUCCGCAUCUGGAGAGAUGGGACCGUCACUUUGAAUGGAAGCGGCGCCACUCGAAGCUCGCCCGGAGCAGGUAAAUCUGAACAUUCACAUUUUUCUGAAACAAAGGUUAUAGAAUCACUAGGAAUUAUCAUUUAUAAAGCAUUGGAUUAUGGCUUGAAAGAGAAUGAAGAGCGAGAGCUAAGCCCUCCCUUGGAGCAACUGAUUGAUCAUAUGACUAAUACAGUGGAAGCAGAUGCAACCAAAGAUGAAGGUUAUGAAGCUCUGGAUGAAGCUGCAGAUGAUGAACAUAAAGACAAUAUUGAAGUUAUACAGUCUUAUAGAGAUGUCAUGAAGCUUUGCGCUGCCCAUCUGCCAACCCAGUCAGAUGCACCAAAUCACUAUCAAGCAGUAUGUCGCGCACUAUUUGCUGAAACAAUGGAGUUGUACACAUUCUUGGCCAAAAUUAAAAGUGCCAGAGAGAAUUUAAAGAAAAUGCAGGAAAUGGACAAAAAAGGAAAUGAGGACUCUAGCACUGACCUUGAUGAAUUAAAAACUGCUGAUUGGGCACAGUUUUGGGUUCAAGUUAUGAGAGAUUUGCGAAAUGGUGUAAAACUUAAAAAAGUUCAAGAACGUCAGUACAACCCUCUGCCCAUAGAAUAUCAGCUCACUCCAUAUGAAAUGUUGAUGGAUGAUAUUCGAUCCAAGCGCUAUACUUUAAGAAAGGUUAUGGUCAAUGGGAAUAUUCCUCCACGAUUAAAAAAGAGUGCCCAUGAAAUUAUCUUGGACUUUAUCCGGUCUCGACCUCCAUUAAAUCCUGCAUCUGCAAGAAAACUGAAACCAACUCCACCACGGCCUCGUAGCCUCCAUGAAAGAAUUCUGGAAGAAAUAAAAUCUGAAAGAAAGCUAAGACCUGUUUCACCUGAUGAGAUCAGACGUAGCAGGCUAGAUGUACCCACAUCAGCAGCCUCCCAAAAGCUAUUAGAAAGCUGUAUAGCGAAUGGCAGCUUGGAAUCCAAAGCAAAGGUAAAUGGCCUAGGUACGAAAUUAACAGUGCAGCGGAAGAGACUUUUGAAAGCUCCGACUUUGGCUGAACUGGGUAGCUCAGAUUCAGAGGAGGAAUCUAUACCCAAAUCAGCCAGUAGUGGUAGUGUUUCUCCUUCCCAGAUGGAAGAUGUGUUUCUGGAGACCACAUCUGGAAAAAAGGUGCCUCCAAAAUUCUUGCCAAUAUCAUCUACACCACAGCCAGAAAGGAGACAACCACCCCAGAGACGACAUUCUAUUGAGAAGGAAACGCCAACUAACGUACGGCAGUUCUUACCUCCCACAAAACAGAGCUCCAGAUCCCUCGAAAACCCCAUAUUUCUGUUGUUGUUUGGUCUUAUGAAAAUGAGGAGACUUUUUGUUCCAAGGAAGACCCUUUUUUCAACCAUACAUACAACUUCUCACCUUAGUUCUCAUCCUUUUGAAGCAGCUUUGUUUGGAAUGGCCAGAACUGUGUAUUAUCUAUGCGAAAGAGUUUUUAACCAGUGGAAAGCCUCAAAGGAGGAGUUUUGCUAUCCAGUGGAAUGCCUGGCUCUCACAGUGGAAGAAGUAAUGCAUAUCCGUCAAGUGCUGGUAAAGGCAGAACUAGAGAAGUAUCAACAAUACAAAGAAGUGUAUACUGCCCUAAAGAAGGGAAAGCUCUGUUUUUGUUGUCGCACAAGAAGAUUUUCUUUCUUCACUUGGUCCUAUACUUGUCAAUUUUGUAAAAGGCCUGUAUGUUCACAGUGCUGUAAAAAAAUGCGCCUACCAUCAAAACCAUAUUCGACCCUUCCAAUUUUUUCCUUGGGACCUUCUGCUUUACAGAAAGGAGAAAGCUUUAUGAAGCCUGAUAAAACUCCCAUCAGCCAUCACAGGUCACUGAAGGGCAUAUCAAGGUUGUCCUCAAAGUCAAAAUCUGUAGAUAAGUCAAGUGAAGAACCAUUUUUUCCAAAAGAACUCAUGGAGGACUGGAGCACCAUGGAGGUGUGUGUGGACUGCAAGAAGUUCAUUUCGGAAAUCAUUAAUUCAAGCCGCCGCAGCCUCUCUCUGGCUAACAAACGAGCCAGGUUAAAAAGGAAAACACAGUCAUUCUACAUGUCAUCUCCAGGCACUUCAGAAUACUGUCCUUCUGAGAGGACUAUCAAUGAAAUCUGAGUCUUGUGCCUUUCUCUUUAUUUACUCUUCAUGAGAUCCUAAGAAAACUCUUCAAAACCAGAGCAUCCGUCUUUCCUUUGUUCUACAUGAUCAUUUACAUUUUCAUUAGCUUAUUGGUUUCCCUGUUCUAUAUAAUUCAUAAAAAGAAUCAGAAAUUGUCCUACCCACCAGGCCAGCGAAUAAGCUUGUUUUACUGGAAGAAUGCAACUACUCUAGAUUGUUGUCUAAUUGUAUAUGUUCAAUGUACAAAUGAAGUCUUUACUUGUAUUUUUCCCUAUUUAUCCUUUAAUUAUUUUUAAGAUGAGUGUCUAUGUAUGUAUAUAUAUAUGUAGAUAGAUCUAAAGAAAAACUAGAUUAUGGUGUUAGUACAUUUGUAAACCAUAAUGGCAUUUGCUACCAAUUAAAUAUUAAUCAUAUUUUGUUA